UUUAAGGCCUAUUAUAAGAAAAGUAAUAUUAUACUUCCUCUAAUCUAUAAGCCUUCUUUAUACUUCUCUUACCUCUUUAUAAGUAAUAACUCGCUUUACCGGGCUUUCCGGACAAAUAUCCGGAUAUAUAAUUAUACUUUUGCCUUUAUAUUAAUUAGUUAUAAGAAGAAUGCCCGGAUUAAUUUCUCUUAUAAGAUCUAG